AUGGCUCUGUGGAUGCGUCUCCUGCUGCUGCUGGCCCUGCUGGCCGCCUGGACGCCCCCCACACCCGCCUUCGUCAACCAGCACCUGUGCGGCGCCCACCUGGUGGAGGCGCUCUAUCUGGUGUGCGGGGAGCGCGGCUUCUUCUACACCCCCAAGGAGCGCCGCGAGCUGGAGGCCGACGCGGCGCUGGAGGCGGCCCUGAGCGGGGUCCCUGGGGCGGGCGGCCCCCCGCAGAAGCGCGGCAUCGUGGAGCAAUGCUGCACCAGCAUCUGCUCCCUGUACCAGCUGGAGAACUAUUGCAACUAG